AUGGCUCCAUCGGUUAAGCAGAGAAAGAUUGCCAUCCUGGGCAGUCGAUCUGUCGGGAAAUCCUCCUUGACCGUUCAAUAUUGCGAAGGCCACUUCGUUGAAAGCUAUUAUCCCACGAUAGAGAACACGUUCAGUCACGAGAUCGUCUACAAAGGGCAGACCUUCCUGACGGAAAUCAUCGACACCGCAGGCCAGGAUGAAUAUAGUCUACUGAAUUCGAAAUUAUACAUCGGCAUCCACGGGUACCUCAUCGUCUAUUCGGUAGCCUCGAGGCAGUCGUUCGAGAUGGUUAGGAUCAUUCGGGACAAAUUACUGAAUCACCUGGGCGCCGACUCUGUUCCCAUCAUGAUCGUAGGUAACAAGAAUGACGUCGACGCAAAGAAACAACGAAAAAUUUCCGCCGAGGAAGGUCAAAAGUUGGGACAAGAACUCAACUGCGGUUGGAUUGAAACCAGCGCACGAAACAAUACCAAUGUCGCGAAAGCAUUCGAGCUGAUGAUCGCCGAGAUCGAGAAAUCGCAAGAACCUGACAAGCCUGCCGGGGGAGGAAAGUGCAUGGUGAUGUGA